GUGGGGGAUAUCCCAUUCCCGGUACGACGCAUCCCGUUUACGGGAUAUCCCGAUGGAGACGGAGGGUUACCGGUGCCGUAGCAGCCGGUAUAUCGAAAGCGGGCAGUCGGCGGUGCCCAGCUCGGUGCUGUUUGCCGCCGGGCUGUUGGGCAACGUGUUGGCGUUACUUCUGCUGGGCCAGCACCGGCGGCGCUCCCGGUCUCCCGGUGGUCGCCCGCCGCGGGUCUCCGCUUUCUACGUGCUGGUGAGCGGGCUGGCCGUCACCGACCUGCUGGGCAAGUGCUUGCUCAGCCCCAUCGUGCUGGCUGCCUACGCCUACAACCGUAGCCUCAGCGAGCUGGGACCGGGCGGGCGUACGGAGGGCGAGCCGGGCGUCCUCUGCCAGCUCUUCGCCUUCUUCAUGGCCUUCUUCGGGCUGGCCCCCACCCUGCUGCUGCUGGCCAUGGCGUUGGAGUGUUGGCUCUCCCUGGGGCAUCCCUAUUUCUACCGACGGCAUCUCACCCGGCGGCUGGGUGCCACGUUGGGGCCGGCGGCGGCGGGGCUCUGCGCCCUUUUCUGCGCCCUGCCGCUGCUGGGCUUCGGGGUGCCCAUGCAGUACUGCCCCGGGACAUGGUGCUUUAUCCGUAUGGCCGGCGGCGGGCCGCGCCAUCUCGGCUUCCCCGUCCUCUACGCCAGCCUGAUGGGCCUGUUGGUGUUGGCCAUCGGCGCCUGCAACGUGAGCAGUAUGCGGCACCUCUACAGCAUGGCCCGGCGGCAACCCCGCCGCGGGCCCCCCGCCACCGCCGCCCCGCGCAUGGAGGAGCUCGACCACCUCGUCCUGCUGGGGCUCAUGACCGUCCUCUUCACCAUCUGCUCCCUGCCGCUCAUCAUCCGGGCGUACAUGGGGGCCUUUGCCGCCGAUUUCAACGAGAACGCUGACCUCAGCGCCCUGCGGUUUCUCUCCGUGAACUCCAUCGUGGACCCCUGGGUCUUCAUCAUCUUCCGCACCUCCGUCUUCCGCAUGUUCGUCCGCAGGGUUUGCCGGAGGCUGAAUUCCCGGAAAGCCACCCUGAAAGGGCCCGGUCCGGGGGGGGAUGGCCAGUUCUGUCCCCUGGGCUGGCGCAGGACAGACACCCCGCAGCUCGGCUUCCCCUGAGCACGUGGGUCUUGCAGAAGCUGGCGGCUGCUGGUGAGGAUGAGGAGUGAGCCUUCGGCCCUGCGCCCCCUCCCCGAAGCAUCCCGGGGCAGCACGGGGCUGUCGCAGGCGGGGACGGCGUCCAGCUCACAGCGAGGGGUGGGCGUGAAGUCUUUCUGCCCCCUCCCUGGGCUGCGUUUCGCCCCGGAGAGGAACCGGGGGGAUUCCCGGGUACCUGCGAAUAUUUCCGAGCAGCAGCAGCACUUUGUGGAGGGUUUGGGGAGCGCCCGGCUCCAGGAAAGCAGGAGGGUGUUGGCGUGUGGCUUCAGGGCAGCGGGGACGCACGGGGAGGAGAGGUGUGUGUGUGUUCCCGUCAAAUAA